AUGGCCUCUGUCCUUGUUGCUUUGGCCUCGCUUUCUUCAAGUUGUUUCAUUCACAAAGUAGACGACCCAUCCAUUCCUUCCAAUCUCCACGACAUUGUGCUUAUCGGUCAACAGCUCUAUCGAAAAGGCCAUUACAGCGAUGCCUAUCGUCUUCUUGUACGUGUCGAGCCAUUGUUACCUCCUGUGGAAAGUGGGCCAUGUGUCGAAUACCAGAUCAAGGCCUUGCGACGAUUAGGGCACAUUCACCGAGCAUUGGAAUUGAGCCAGACCAUGGCCGUGACCCAUCCUUCAACACGUUGGUGCUAUCUCGCGUGUGACCUUGUGCUUGAAAAGGAAGGCGACGUGUUGAAAGCACGAGAAUGGUUAAAGCAAGGAUCGAUUCUACGAGACAUCAUGGAUGAUGAUGAUGACGCCAGUUACCUUGAAGAACGCCUCUUAUGGGAGAAGAUAGCACGUAUCGAACACAAGGAACGACGACAACAUGGUCAUGUGGAUAAACGAAUGGACUUCACUCAAUCACUCUCAUACGAUCUCGUCACUGCCAUCUUCCAACAUUUGUCUUUUCGCGAUCGUGUUGUAUGCAUGCGGGUAUCAAGACAUUGGCAUAAUUUUCUCGUUGACAGCGUGGUCCUCUGGCAAGAUAUCGACGUGUCUCAUACACCCACACCUAUCGAUCUUCAUUCCUUUUCAUUGUAUUUGGGUCGGCUGGAGAAUACACAACCAAAACGGCUACGCAUUCAUCAUGAACGAGCGAAUGGGGAUCAAUUAAUGAAGCUGAUGUUGAUUCGGGAACGAUACAAGUUGCAUACUUUGGACCUAUCCGAUGUGCUGUGCAAACCGAGUCUUUUUUAUGACCUCUUAAGGCGGGCUGGUCCAACAUUACGCUGUUUACGAUGGAAUGGCCUUAUAUUGAAGCUGAAUGAUAUCUUCGACACUGCGGCUGACUCAUGUCCACACCUUGAGGAAUUGGAUGUAUCCUAUUGUUUCACGUCGAGGAAAGGGCGUUUCGAACCAAGUCGUUUUCUUGAAUCGUAUGGCAAGGAUUUACCAAAGGAAUUGAUGGAUGAUAAGAAACAGCAGCGCCCGCUUUAUAUCAAACGUUUACGAUUGACCAGCAUUCAUGAGAUGAUCGGCCCUGAGCUCAUUCACAUGUUAUUACGUACGCCUCAUUUGACACAUCUCGAGCUUGAAUAUUGCCUAGUUAGCUUUAUCCCGAUUGCAAACAUGCUUCAACAUUGCUGUCCUCGUCUUCAACACCUUGUUUACAAGCGACAUCGAUAUGCGCGUCAAUACCAAGAUGUGAUACCUCAUUCACAACCCUCGAUACCCAUGCCACCAAGACGAUGGCGAGUGAUUGAACUCAACAAAUCCUUAUCCGUCACCGAUACCAUCAUGCGGGAUAUGAUCAUACGAGCGGAUCUUUCAUUGCUUGAACGCUUGGAGCUGGAUUCCAAUACAUACAUCACCGAUAAAUCCCUUUUCGUUAUCCUGCAACGCCUUCAUCAUGAUACAGCAUCAUCAUCAUCUUCAUCCACAUUGUCGAACUUGCAUACGCUCAACCUGGGUCAUUGUACUGCAUUGACCGAACAAGGAUUGCUACGGUUCUUGGUCGCUUGUCCCAUGCUUCGCCAUGUUAAUCUUACUCGUCUCUCGGCUGUCACGGAUGCUGUGCUGGAUACAUUAAGUCAAAUGGAAAAAUUACAAACACUGGAUAUCACUUUUUGCUCGCAUGUCACCGAUCAAGGUAUCAUUCAGCUGGUCAAGCAACGACAAGAUAGCUUACAACAAAUCCACUUGACCCAUUCCAAUGUCUCGCCCGCUGCAUUGAGCUUUGUAUUUCGUACCUUGAAAUAUGAUGGUAUAUAA